AUGGACGAUGGGCUCGCGCAAAUAGAAGCCUUGACUGCCAUGCGGGCCUGCCUACUUACCUUCCUUCCCUGGAACUCCCGUUAUGAUCCUUUCUUUUUGAGUCUCUCAGACCUCCACCAGAGCAACAUCUUGGUCGACGACGAUUGGCACAUCAAAUACAUCCUCGAUUUGGAGUGGGCUUGCUCUAGGCCGAUUGAGAUGAUACGCCCCCCGCUUUGGUUAGUCAAUCAUGCCUUUGACGACUUGGUUGAUGAAAAUUUGGCAAAUCUCAAGGUCGCAUGCGAUGAGUUCCUUUCCGUUCUGGAACAAGAAGAAAAGGCAUCCUUCCACAAGAAUGUAGUUUCUUUGGCCGAGACUAUGCGCAAUAACUGGUCGACCGGCCGACUCUGGUAUUUCCGAGCUCUUGACUCUCUUACAGGAUUAUACGGCGUCUUCUUGAACCACAUUGAGCCGAUGUUCAAGGCCAAGUCGAUCAAAACUGUGGCUUGUUACUGGCAUUUGGAUGCUGAGAGCAUCCUCCAGCAAAAGGCCGAAGACAGAAGGAGGUACGAUCUACAGUUACAGCAAGCUUUCAUGGGGGAGCGGGUCUAG